CUCUGUCUAAUGUUCACAGCGAGUGAAAGACUUGAGAGGCGGAUGGGGGAGAAAUAGGGAGAAGAAGGGGAAGAGUUUAGUGUCAGAAUGAAUCGUCAACUAAACAGUCGAACAAUGGAAAGUAGGGUCAGAUAAUGAACACAUGAGACCAAUGCAUGUGUGUGUGACCCGGGGAGACGCACAGAGAGACGGAGCGGCUGGAGUUUGGAUGUGAGCCUGGUGCAAGAGGAACAAGACGAGAAACAUGAGUCGGCAGCAGCAGAACCAGGGAGUGGUUUUAACCAGUUACCAAAGCAACGCUGAACUGUUGCCCAAAACCGGACCGUGUGCCGCACAGGAGCACGACAUCAGCGGGUCCAGUGGCAGAACAGGCCACUACACAGUUCAGCAGAACCAAAACACACAACAUUGUGGGAAUGCUUCUUCCACCAGUGUCAACAAAACUGGCAGCCUUACCUCACUGCCACUCUCCAGUUCAGGCUCAGGGUCAUGGUCCAGGUCUAAGGCCUCUUCCAGUCCACGGUCUCACUCCAGCCCACGGCACAGUCCCAACUCUAGGAUCAGACUUCGACCUUCAUGUCAGCGCUCUAACUCUCAGGACUCUCUAGAUGAGUUGGAGAUGGACGACUACUGGAAGGAGGUGGAAAACAUCACUCGCUCUGGAGAAGGAACAGGGAGGAGUGAAGGAGGAGGAGAAGGAGAAGUUCAAGAGGAGGAGCAGCAGAAAACUCCAGAGGAAGGAGAGCAGGAGGAGGCGUGGCUCACAGAGGCAGGGCUCGCACGACUUUUUGAUAAUUCCUACACUGACCACGAUCAGGAAGAGGACAGCGCAGCAUUUCUGUCCACACUCACCAGAACUCAGGCGGCAGCCGUAGAACGCCGUGUGACGUCACUACAGCAGACGCUACGGCGGCGCAACAGACAGCACUUUCCUGAUGUUAGGGAUAUAUUCAGGCCUCCCGAUAAGGAGGAGGAGCCAAGGAAAAAGGAAGAAGUAAGUGAGAAUGGACAAAAAGAAGUCACAUCAGCCGAAGUGGAGACGGAGCUGAACGUCGAAGUGGCUUUUUCAGAACAAGCACUCACUUACAGGGAUAACCAUCAGCUGUUGAAGGUCAACACAUGCUCUAACUCAGCUGACGACAAGCUACCUAACUUCAAGUUGCUUCGAGAUAAAACAGGUCAAACUAAAAUAGGAGAUCUGUCUCCUCUGGACAUGAAAAAAGUCCGUAGAUUAGUACACGUGGAGAUGACCGCUCUGUUUGACACUGCUGGACUAGACCUCAAGACACACAAAGCUGUCAAAGUUAAGACUAAAGAAAUUGGUCUGUUUGGGGUUCCCCUCACAACUUUACUAGAACAGGAUCAGAGACGAGCUCCUGGGACCAAAGUGCCAUUUGUACUUAAGAGGCUCAUCUGUCAUAUAGAAGAGGAUGGACUGGACACAGAGGGGAUUCUUCGGAUCCCCGGGGCAGCCGUUAGAGUCAAGUCACUUUGCCAGGAGCUGGAGUCGUCCUUCUACGAGGGCAUGUUUCCUUGGCAGCAGUUGAAGCAGCAUGAUGCUGCCAGCCUUCUGAAGCUGUUCAUCAGGGAGUUGCCCCAUCCUUUACUGACUGUGGAGUACCUCAGUGCAUUUAUCGCAGUCAACAACCUACCCACAAAAAAACAACAACUACAGGCUUUGAACCUGCUCGUCCUCUUGCUUCCUGAGCCCAAUCAGGACACUUUAAAGGCUUUGGUGGAGUUCUUCCAACAUGUGAUUGACCAUCAGGCCAAAAAUAAAAUGACUCUAAAUAAUGUCUCUGUUGUCAUGGCACCAAACAUCUUCAUGUUUAAAGGCUUCCGAUCCAAGGUUACAGAGCAGCAGGAGAUUUCUAUGGCAACCAGCACAGCCAACAUUGUCCGCUUGCUGAUUAGAUACCAGAAUCUUCUUUGGACAAUCCCCAAGUUCAUUGUGACACAGGUCAGACAGCACAACAUGGAAAGCCAGCGGAAACAAAAUAAGGAGAGAGCUGUCAGAAAACUCCUGAAGAAGAUCACCAUCGACAGACCUGCUGAUAAAGCUCUGCCUGAAGAGAGUUCACAGGGAUUCAUUCGAGUCCAGGCUCCACAGUUCAGUAAAGUUUCUAUGGCACUUCAGCUCACUGAAGAGUUGCAGGCUGCAGAUGUGUUAACGCGCUUCCUCAGCCAGGACAGCUCUGUGACGGUGAAAAGCGAAGAUCUGUGUCUCUAUGAGAUUGGUGGAAACAUCAAGGAGAGAUGUCUCGAUGGUGAAACGUACAUGAAAGACCUCUUCCAGCUGAACCCUGCAGCAGAGUGGGUCAUCAAAACUGUACAACGAUAACCUGGCUUACAUACUGUACCUGUACCUCAAUAGAUGCUGGACCUGCAGUGCCUGUUCUGUCCACAGGAUCGUUCUAAAACCAGACACCACUAGAGUCUUAAUAUUUGAGCCUGGUAACACAAAGUAGACAUUUGGUUAUCCUCUAAAUCUACCACAGAAAUGGGAGUUUUUUAUGCUCCACAUAUAAAGAUUUGCUUUUCAGGGGAAUACAUUUUAAUAUCAAUGCUCCUGAGUGACCACUAAUGAACAGUGUGUGUUUGCCUCAGCACUUAAAUCACAUUAUUGUGAUUUUUAUUAUUGUGUGAUACUGUAUGUAUUUCAUUGAUGAGCUGUGAUUUAUUACCACUGAUCAGUUUGUUGUGCCUGAUACCUUAAGCUGAAAUAUAAAAUAUAUUUAAUGUGGCAGUGAACUAUUAAAUUCAAUAAAAUACCAAACAUUGAUUUUUGUUUUGUGUAGACCACUGCUGGCUAUUAUUUAACAUUUAAAUCAAAAAUCACUAAAGAUAACAACAGGUAAUUUCCAUGUCAGUGUAUUGAAGCUAAAUUGUCACAGUAACCAGGAGUGGGUGCAAAUGCUGUCCGACACAGCAUGUCAUGUAGCAGGAUGACCCUGUGUGGUUGUACAAAAAUAAUCAAAUGUUUCCACUUUUGGAAUUGCAUGUUAAAACCAUCAGGUAACCAGGACACACAAUGACAACAUUUCAACGCUCAAUGUUUUAACUGGAUGUUUGAGUGUGUUUACAUAAUGUAAUACAUCUAGAACUGUACAAUUUAAAUAUGCAAAUAAAGAUUUUUUUUAAGUC